UAUUGGUAAUCAGUGUUCACGUGACAGCGUCAAACCAGGAAGAGAGGACUGCUCGUCAGAAUAGUGUAGUGCUAGGUGCCUGGAAUAUAAACGAAAACUAGAAGUCAAAAUAAACGAUGGCGGCCAGGCAGAAGUGUGCGGAAUAAAACAACCAGCGUAACAGCCUGUCGGAAAACUACGUUGUACGUCCUCGGCUUCCACAAAGACUAUGCGUAACCACCACUCCAGCUAUGUAUUUUUGUUGUUGUUGUUCUGCUGCCGGGGGUUCUGCUAUGUAUCUGCGUGGGAUAAGGAACCCGAGACUCCAGACUGGAGGACGACUCUGAAAACCAUCCGUAACGGAAUUCACAGAAUAGACACGUACCUGAACGCAGCGCUGGACUUGUUCGGUGGUGAUGAUGGACUGUGUCGUUACAGGUGUAGCGAUGGUUACAAGCCGGUCCCUCGUCCUAGAUACAAGCAGCCACCACCCAAUGGAUGUGGGUCCCCGUUGUUUGGAAUCCAGUUUGACAUAGGCAUCCCAUCAAUGACCAAAUGCUGUAACCAACAUGAUCGAUGCUAUGACACCUGUGGCAGAGAGAAGCAAGACUGCGAUGAGCAGUUCCAGGACUGUCUUGAGACGAUUUGUAAGAAUGUGCAAAAAACUCUGGGAUUGGCCAAGAGUGUCCAAGCCUGUGAGUCAGCAGUGAGUCUACUGUUUGAUGCCGUCAUGCACCUGGGAUGUAAGCCGUACCUGGACAGCCAGCGGGAGUCCUGUGUUUGUCAGUAUGAAAUAAAAAAGGAACUCUGACACUGUAGCAGAAACUGGACUUGGAACAUACUGUGGUAAAAACAAGGAGCUAUUAGAGCUUGCAACUAAUUACUCCAAUAGUUUUCAGAUUUUCUCAGGAAUCUUGUUAGACAAAUGAAUGUAGCGCUACAUUAGUGCAUAUUGAAUAUUGUUCUGGAGGAUUUAAUAGUUUAUAUUUUCUCAACAUGGUGUCAUGCACUUUUGUUAAAUGAAAAUGUGGAUAUUCUCUUUAUAUUAGCAGAUGCUUUUAACUUCAGCUGUACUUUGGUCCAGGAUGUCUGUAUGUGGAGGAGCUAAAAGGGGAUAACACAGUUGAAUGAUGCACAACUCAAUGUCCUGGUGAGGUCUGCUGAAACAUAUCAAUUUGUGAAGACAAAUAGAACUUGAAAAUAGAAGUUGUUAUGAAAAGUUUAUAAUACUUUAUAUUGUGUAAGGAAAUGUCCAUUGACCUUGAAUAAAUUUGUUAUUGAGUCACCAAUGCA